AGUUGAGUUUUCUUUAUCGACCGAUAAAGAAAUGGCUUACUUUAAAGAAUUAGUUGGAAUUUUGGCUUUAAUAGCCGUCGUAGCUGCUGGGCAAUACGAAUACAGUCGUUAUGAGCCAUACUCAAAAGACUAUGGCAAGGGUAAAUCGCAUCACAAGGACGUAGAAUUACAUAAAUUGUGCAGUUGGAACGUGGUUGAAUUCGAAUCUUGCAAAUUGCGAAGUGAUGCAUGGCAUCCACUCAAAUUAGAUGCUGGUCGCAAUUACAUUCCCGAGAACAAUCUCCCAACCGCUUUCCAAUUCUCUAAUGAUCGUCGCGUUUUUGUCGCUUUAUCCAGAAAACGCACCGGAGUCUACGCUACCUUGGCUUAUUUCAAUCUUGACGACGUUCGUGAUGGUUGCUGUCCCCCAUUGAAAGCCUACCCAUCUGACGAAGCCAAUUCCUUGGAUGCCGAUUGCUGCAACGAAGGAAACUUGGUCAACGUUGAACGUUUCAACGUCGAUCGAUGCAACCGUUUGUGGGUUCUUGACAAAAAUGGUCUCGAAUUGAAUGACAAGAACUGGGUUUUGGGAUCACCUAAAUUGGUUGUCUUCGACUUGAAAACGAACAAAGUUUUGCGUGAAGUACCACUUCAUUCGGAUUUGUAUGAGAGCCAUCAAUUUGGCUUGGAUACCGUUGUCAUUAACGCUGAUCCCAAGGACUGCGAAAAUACACAUGCUUACGUUCUUGAUACAUAUGCCGGCGCUAUUGUCGUUUACUCCUACAAACAAAACAAAUUUUGGCGACACAAGUCACCCGAAUUCUCUAACGAUGCCAAAUAUACCAAAUUCACCCUCAAGACACGCAAAAACAAGGAAGUCACUUACUACAGAGAUGAAAAUGUAUUUGAUUGCGCUCGCGACUAUGUGAAUAACGAAGUUGUCUGUCACUCGGUUGGAUCUUUGGAUGAAUGGACCCUUCCUUUCGAAGAAUUGGAAAGCGAGGAAACCGCUCGUUGCUCACCCGACUCCUUGAACGUGCAAUUCUUGGGACGAAAAUGUGAAGAUGGCCAAACCGGAACACACGUCUUGAACACCGAUAACCAAGUUGUCUGGGGAGCUCAUGAAUUGCAAUAUGGUGCUGCUUGUUGGAAUCGCCAAAACCCAUUGAACCCAUCAGCUGUCUCUCUUGUUGUGUCAGAUUGCGAUCGUUUGCCAUACGUGGCUGACUUGACACUUACUAAAGUCGAUUUGGAACCUUUCUGUGGAUCUCGUAAACGUCAUGGUGACGAAACUUAUGUUGUGCUUCUCUCAAACAAUGAAGUUGGUAUCAAGACUCAUGGAUUUGAUCACAAAGAAGAGAACUUUGGAAUUUAUUUCUUCAGAGAAAGUGAUGCUCUUGAAUGCAAUCCACAAUGCUUGCCCAAGAAGGGAUAUUCUCACAAACAACCAAAAUACGAUCAUGAUGAUAAACAUUCAAGCCACAAGACCUCUAAGAAGCCACACCACCACGAUCACGACGACAAAUAUUCCAAAUACGAUCACGACGACAAAUAUUCCAAAUACGAUCAUGAUUACAAACAUUCCUAUGAACACUCGAAUAAACAUUUUGAACACUCACACCACAAGGACAGCAAACACUAUGAACCCAGCCAUAAAUCUCAUCAUGACUAUUCAAGACCCUAUUCUUAUCGUUACAAGAAAUCAAAGGAAUCAGUCGCUGAACAAUAAAAGAGACAGAUCUCUAGAAUGGCGUAAGGAUAUCGUCAACCGAUUACUUUUGUCCUGAAUUAAAUUAUAUUGUGAAUGAAAUUUCAAAUAAAAUAAAUAAAAUGUAGACAAAAGUAAA